AUGGACGAAAUAACGGCUGCGUCGGUUACACUGGCGUAUGAAUGUGACAAGGAUGUCAAUGCCGCCUGCGCCGGGCUGUCUUCCACCAUAAGUCAUGAGUUUGCCAACAUCGGCGUGCAGUGUCAGUCGAUCCGACUUGAAGCACUGCUCGAUAGACAGCCCUGCGAAGCCUCCAAAUCAGACGGAUAUAGGAUCCCAGAGGCUGAUGAAGAUAUAUCCUGUACCCUCGUCAAUAUAUGCAGAAAAAAGGCGGACUACAAGGAUUCAUCUGCACUCACCACUCUGGUAAUAGUUGUAGACAGCAAGUUACGCACACCUGCGCUUGACAAUCUCUUGAUUACGCUUCAAGAGUGGUGCGAAGACUUCAGGAUCAGCAAGACUUUACUUAAGGGAUUGUGCUGUGCGGUAAUUGCCUGCAGGUGUAAUGCGGGCACAGCCAACACGGCAGACGAUGGUCGCCCUUGCAGGGAGGUGACCGACGCUAUAAUCGCAUUGGAGGAGUGUAUGGAAGCGCUAGGUGCGCAUAUAAUCUUGAGUGAACCACUGUGUUUCGGUCCGACUGACAUCGGCCAAAUUGUCACCUUCACCAACCUCGUCAGCGAGGCUUGGGACGCUAUCAACUUUGCCUCGACCCGGAAUGCACAGAACACGGACGAUGUUGAAGGCAUUGUGGGAUCUAGUGUACCUGAUGUGCCUUCUAAUGGGUCUUCCGAACAUCGCCGCCCGCGAAGUACUGACUCCUCGCCUCCAGCAGUCCAGCAUGAAGCAUCAUCUCACGUGACCGAUAGUGCUACAGCGCACACAUGUUGUCGGUCCGGUCAUACAGAAGCUAUAGAUGUCCUUACGGUGAAUGGUACUGAUCACCAAACAAAGUGUUGCCAAGGGGAGGAUAGUCGGGGCACGUGCCAGUGUAAUGAAGCACGCAACGGAGAUUCCUUGCCAGCCGACGAGUAUACUUCCGACGAAGAAGAUGACACAAAUACGGCGCAGGCAGCAGGAUGCGCGCCGGAAUCUGACAUCGAAAAUGUCGCUUUGGACGGUGGGAAGAUGGUCACCGAGACUCAACGGCAGUCUCUCACCAAGCAGGGCUACAAAAUCAUAGGCGAACAUAGCGCCAUCAAACUAUGCCGGUGGACAAAGGCGCGUGUACGUGGCCAUGGGGGUUGUUAUAAGCACACAUUCUAUGGCAUCAAGUCAAACCAGUGCAUGGAAAUGACGCCCAGCCUAGCCUGUGCUAACAAGUGCGUCUUCUGCUGGAGGCACCACACGAACCCCGCAUUGACUCGUUGGAAGGGGACAAUAGAUGAUCCAGAUUUCCUGGCUGAGGAGUCAGUCAAAGCGCAUUUGCGAUUGAUCAAGGAACUCAAAGGUAGGCUUCACUCAACUUCGUCAUGGAUGCGUCAGGUAUAUUUGAUACCAAGGGCGAUAGGCUCAAAGAAGCGAUGCAAGUGCGGCAUUGUGCCCUUUCGCUCGUAG